AUGUGCGAUUUCCAAACCGUUCACACUUACAAAUCACAGCUUUGUCCAAAAUUUCAGCUUUCACCGAAUACAUCGUCAAAAACCAUGACAACCCCACCACGCCCUAAGAGAAACCCCACCUCCGCCGCGAACCACCGCAAAAACUCCCCUAAAUCACCGGAAAAAACAAUCUCAAAAACCCCAGAAACCCACAGAGUCUUCACCGAAAAUGACGAAAUUCAACUCCUCAAAACCCUCUCAGGAUCCCCAAAUACCUCUGAAUUCACUUCUAACGGCAAUUUCACAGAGAAACAGAUCGCAAAAAAGCUGAAAAAACUCAAAGAAAAGUACCACAAGCUCGCUAGGUCCAAAUCUCUUAUAAAGACCCCACACGAUCAAAAGAUUUACGAAAUAGCACGCCAGAUUUGGGGCAGAAACGUUGCUAAAGGAAAAGAAAAAGAACCAGUGGUAGAAUUGCAUAGAAGUUGUGAAGAAGAAGUGAAUUUGGAGGAGUUUCCUUUUUUGGUAAGUGAAAUGAUGAGUGUUUUUGGGAGAAGUGGGUAUUGUAAAGAAGGGUUAAGGAGAUUGGGAAAGGAGAAAUUGAAGAAGAUGAAUGAGAAGUGGAUGGAGUUGAGAUUGAAAGAAGCUGAGAUUAUGGUGAAUAAGGCUAAGUUGUAUCAUGAGCAGUUGAAAUCGGUUGUUGAAGGUUCUAAGGGGACUGACAAUGAGGCAAAUUGA